UCGUUAUUUCCCGCCAAAAAAACAUCCUUCCCUCGCAUCAUUUCGCGCCAAACCCCUGCUCUCAUCCUCUUUCAGUCUUCCUCGCCGUCCUACCCCUGCCCCUCUCUCUCUCUCGUACUCCUCGUCGCUGAACCAUGAAGGACUUCGACUUCAACGCGGACAAAGUUCUCGCAAAGGAUUUCCUUUCCAAUUUCGCCGAUGCAAAUGGCGAAGCCAAAUACAUCAACAUUCUUCAAGAUGUUGCAAAUCAUAAGAGUCGUGCAGUCCAGAUCGAUCUCGAGGACCUCCUUAAUUACAAGGACUUGGAUGAAGAGUUCUUUAGACGGGUGACUGAGAACACCCGUCGAUAUAUUGGAAUUUUUGCAUCUGCAAUUGAUGACGUCAUGCCAGAGCCCACCGAGCCUUUUCCAGAUGAUGACCAUGAUAUAUUAAUGACUCAAAGAACUGAGGAUGCGACUGAGAAUACUGAUGAUUCUGAUCCGCAGCAGAAGAUGCCUGCUGAGAUCAAGCGUUACUAUGAAGUUUAUAUUAGAGCACCUUCAAAGGGACGGCCAUUUACUAUUAGAGAGGUUAAGGCUUCAUAUAUUGGCCAGCUUGUAAGGAUAUCUGGUAUUGUGACCCGAUGCUCGGAUGUUAAGCCACUAAUGCAGGUAGCUGUGUAUACAUGUGAAGACUGCGGUUUUGAAAUUUACCAGGAAGUAACUGCUAGAGUGUUCAUGCCCUUGUUUGAGUGCCCAAGUAAACGUUGUAAAACAAAUAAAGCAAACGGAAACCUUAUUCUUCAACUCAGAGCAUCAAAAUUUCUUAAGUUUCAGGAGGCGAAGAUUCAAGAGUUGGCAGAGCAUGUUCCAAAGGGUCAUAUUCCACGGUCAAUGACUGUUCAUUUUAGAGGGGAACUCACAAGAAAGGUAGCUCCAGGUGAUGUUGUUGAAUUAUCAGGGAUCUUUCUCCCAAUUCCUUACACUGGUUUCAGAGCACUUCGUGCUGGCUUAGUUGCUGAUACAUACUUGGAGGCCAUGUCUGUCACUCAUUUCAAGAAAAAAUAUGAAGAGUAUGAACUCAGAGGUGAUGAGGAAGAACAGAUUGCACGUCUUGCUGAGGAUGGUGAUAUUUAUAAUAAGUUGGCGAGAUCAUUAGCACCUGAAAUUUAUGGACAUGAAGAUAUUAAAAAGGCAUUACUUCUUCUUCUUGUGGGUGCUCCUCACCGGAAGCUGAAGGAUGGAAUGAAGAUUAGAGGAGAUCUGCACUUAUGUUUGAUGGGUGAUCCUGGGGUUGCCAAAAGUCAACUUCUGAAGCACAUAAUAAAUGUAGCGCCCAGGGCAGUGUAUACUACUGGCAGAGGAAGCAGUGGGGUUGGCCUGACUGCUGCUGUCCAGAAGGAUCCGGUCACAAACGAGAUGGUCCUAGAAGGGGGAGCUUUGGUUCUAGCUGAUAUGGGUAUAUGUGCUAUUGAUGAGUUCGACAAGAUGGAUGAAUCAGAUCGUACAGCGAUUCAUGAAGUCAUGGAGCAGCAGACUGUAAGCAUUGCAAAAGCUGGGAUCACCACGUCUCUGAAUGCAAGAACUGCUGUACUUGCUGCUGCUAAUCCAGCCUGGGGAAGAUAUGACCUAAGGAGAACUCCAGCUGAAAAUAUCAAUUUGCCCCCCGCUCUUCUAUCGAGAUUUGACCUUCUGUGGUUGAUCCUUGAUCGAGCAGAUAUGGAUAGUGAUCUUGAAAUGGCUAGGCAUGUUGUUUAUGUGCACCAGAAUAAAGAAUCUCCUGCUCUUGGUUUCACUCCACUUGAACCAUCUAUUCUUCGAGCAUACAUUUCAGCUGCUAGGAGAUUGUCACCUUACGUCCCCAAGGAGCUGGAGGAGUAUAUUGCUACUGCAUAUUCCAGCAUUCGACAGGAAGAAGCAAAGUCAAAUGCCCCACAUUCCUACACAACUGUUAGAACUCUUCUUAGCAUCCUUCGCAUAUCAGCUGCUUUAGCAAGACUACGAUUCUCAGAAACUGUGGCUCAGAGUGAUGUGGAUGAAGCACUAAGGUUAAUGCAGAUGUCGAAGUUCUCUUUAUAUUCUGAUGAUCGUCAGAGAUCUGGUCUGGAUGCUAUCUCUGAUAUAUAUUCAAUCUUGAGGGAUGAAGCUGCAAGGACCAAUACACUGGAUGUCAGCUAUGCCCAUGCGCUCAACUGGAUCUCUAGAAAGGGAUACAGUGAAGCUCAGUUGAAAGAAUGUUUAGAGGAAUAUGCAGCCUUAAAUGUGUGGCAGAUACAUCCCCACACCUUUGAUAUCCGGUUUAUUGAUGCUUGACCUCUUAUUGUAAAUUAUUAUGGUAGUUGCUUUUCCUUUUAUGAAUUUAGUUGUCUGGAUUAAUCAGCAUUGAAAAGAUUUAGUGAGAGAUCUUUGGUAACAUACACUGCUUUAAUGUGGAUUCUAAUUUUCAAAUGACAAACGUUAAUUAUUAGUGUUGUA